AUGUUCCGCGGCCUGAGCAGCUGGCUGGGCCUGCAGCAGCCGGUGGCGGACGGCCGCCCGGUCGAAGGGGAUGGGCCGCCGGCGGGAGGAGCCCCCCCGGAGCCGCACUCCGAGGCUGCAGCGGAGCCGGCGGAGCCGGCGGAGAGCGAGCUGCUCCACCAGGCCAAGGACCUCGGCGGCUAUUUAUUUAACUUUGCAACUGCUGCUACAAAAAAGAUAACUGAAUCAGUUACUGAGACAGCACAAUCGAUAAAGAAAUCAGUAGAAGAAGGAAAAAUAGAUGACAUCAUCGAUAAGACCAUUAUAGGAGAUUUUCAGAAGGAACAGAAAAAAUUUGUUGAGGAGCAGCAUACCAAGAAAUCAGAAGCAGCAGUGCCCCCGUGGGUUGACAGUAAUGAUGAAGAAACAAUUCAACAACAGAUUUUGGCCUUAUCAGCUGACAAGAGGAACUUCCUCCGUGACCCUCCCAUCGGCGUGCAGUUUCAUUUCGACUUUGAUCAGAUGUACCCCGUUGCCCUGGUCAUGCUCCAGGAGGAUGAACUGCUGAGCAGGAUGCGAUUCGCCCUCGUUCCUAAACUCGUGAAGGAAGAAGUGUUUUGGAGGAACUACUUUUACCGCGUGUCCCUGAUUAAGCAGUCAGCCCAGCUCACCGCCCUGGCCGCCCAGCAGCAGGCUGCCGGAAAAGAGAAGAGCUUUGGCAGAGACGAUGUGUUGCCACUGACAGAGGCAGUACGGCCCAAAACGCCACCUGUCGUAAUCAAAUCUCAGCUUAAAACUCAAGAGGAUGAAGAGGAGAUUUCUACCAGCCCUGGCGUUUCUGAGUUUGUCAGUGAUGCCUUUGAUGCCUGUAACAUAGACCAGGAGGAUCUGAGGAAGGAAAUGGAGCAGCUUGUGCUUGACAAAAAGCAGGAGGAGACACCCGUACUAGAAGAGGAUUCUACAGAUUGGGAAAAAGAACUACAGCAGGAACUUCAAGAAUAUGAAGUGGUGGCAGAAUCAGAGAAACGAGAUGAAAACUGGGAUAAAGAAAUAGAGAAAUUGCUGCAGGAAGAUAAUUAA